AUGGCCAGCAGUCACAGACCUUCAAUAGCUCGUCCUUCUUCAAGAGCAGGAAUAGGGCUGACCACAAGGCCUACCAGUUCAUCAAGGACUCCAUCAGCAACCAGAAUAGGAACAGGGAUGCCUCCUAGUACAUCAAGACCUGUUUCUCGUGGUGGCUCUUCAGCUACUGGAGGAGUCUUAUCAUCUCAGAUCAAAGUUGCAGACCGUCCAGUGACUCAACAUGGUUUAAGUGGAAUGAAAACUGCAGUGAAAGGUCCUCAGAGACAGAUAAUGGAUAAAACGUAUUACCUUGGUCUUCUGAGAAGCAAAACAAGUGAACUGACAACAGAAAUUAACAAGUUGCAGGAAGAAGUAGAAAUGUACAAGCAAGAGAAAUCUGUCUACUUGUCAUAUGAAAAAAGGGCAGAGGCUCUAGCUGGAGAAAUCAAAGAAUUUCAAGGUCAGCUAGCAGACUACAACAUGGUUGUGGAUAUACUUAAUACUAGUACAGAUAUGGCAGAAGUGAUUCACGAUUACAAUAUGUUAAAGGUUCAGAAUGACCGAGACACUCAGAGUGUGGAUAAAAUUUUCACAGAAAGACAAACCACAGAAAAGUUAAUUCAAACUGUAGAAGAAGAUAUCGAACGUGAAAAGGUUGUAGCAGAAGACAUAAUAAAAGACAUGUCACAGGAAAAUCAAGCUAAAUAUAUGGAGAUGAAGGCUGCAAAUGAAAAACUCUCCCAGGUUAUUCAAGAGCAGGAAUUGGAUGCACUAAAUACAAAGGAGGAAGCUCUAAGAGCUGAAAUAGAACACUCCCAGGUGAAAAAGGAGGCUGUGCAGAUGUACGAAAAGCUACAUGAGCUUGAGGAACGUCGAGAUCAAAUGAUUGCUGAGGAUAAGAAUAUGGAAUCUCCGCAGGAGGAAAGAGAAAGGUUACUAAAGCAGGUUAAGGAUGACAGUCAAGAAAUAGCAAGUAUGGACAGACAGCUGGCAGAAGUAAAAGAAAAAACAAACCACUUUAAAAAGGUCAUUCAACGACUGGAUAUGGAUCUGGAGAAUUAUCAAGGAGAAGAAAAUUGGAGAUACAAAGAGCUGAAGAAGAGGGAAGAAAGCAUGGACAAUUUUUUUGAGACUUUUGAAGAGGUGAAGAAUCAGGAAUUGGAACGAAAGGCCCAAAUAGAAGCCAACAUCGUUGCACUCCUGGAGCACUCAAGCAGGAAUGUGAAUCGUAUGAAACAAAUUUCAUCUGUUACCAAUCAAGAACUGAAGAUUAUGCAGGAGGACCUCACUUUUAAAUCAAAUGAAAUGCAGAAAUCACAGAGCACUGCUAAGAAUCUGAUUACAGAAAGUCAAAAACUUCAGAUGGACCUGCAGAAGAUGGAACUCUUGGAGGGCAAGAUGGUUGAUGAACUAGCUUCUCUUCAAGACAAAAUAGAACAAACAAAAAUGGAUUUGAAGGUCUAUAAUAAUUUGCCAGCUCUGAAAGCAUCAGGAGAAGAGAAGAAACAGAGACUCCAGGAUGACAAAGAAAAAUUAACAAAACGUACCCAUGCUUUCAAGAAAAUAAUGGAACACUUGAAUACAGAGUAUGAGACAGUAAAGAGAGAGCUGCAAGAGAAUGAGACACAUUCUCAGCUUAUAAAUUUGGAGAGGAAGUGGCAGCACCAUGAGCAAAAUAACUUUAUGAUGAAGGAAUUCAUAGCAACAAAAAGUCAGGAGAGUGACUAUCAGCCAGUAAUGAAGAACGUGAGAAGGCUGGUCACAGAAUACAACAAAGCUCUCAUAGAAGCUUUACAGAACACCAAGAACUGA